UUACUAUGCGAAAGGAAGGUGAGGUCGUUGAUAGUAACGAGUGGAACGUUAUCGCCAAUUGAUGCGUUUGUGAAUGCAUUGGGUAUUGACAUGCGUAUCAUUCACUCGAAUAACCACGUUGCUAGCAGUGACCAGAUUCUUUGUGCUUCUAUCACUCAUAGUGCUGAACAACGUGAACUUCUUGGUGUUUACGAAAAGAGAGAUGAUCCGGAAUAUCAUAGGGGAGUUGGCAGAAUAGUGGCUCGUUUAUGUGAGAUCGUGCCCGAGGGCAUUCUAAUAUUUUUUGCGUCAUAUAGCAAAAUGUUCACGUGCAUUCAGAAUUGGAAGAAAUAUAUCGGUAAUAAAAAUGGGAAAACGAUUUGGGAGGAAAUGAACAUGAGUAAGAAAUUAUUCGAGGAAUCAAAGUUGAAAGAAGGAACGAAUGAAGCGAUUCGUCAGUACAAAUUGCACGUUGCGCAAUCGAACGGUGCUGCAUUAUUGGCUGUUUGCAGGGGAAAGGUUAUCAAUUUUUCUGUGGUUAAUCACUCCGACGAUCCAUAUUCGUAUAUCUCGCUUACUAUUUAA